ACGUGUGUUAGCAGUACGUAUGGUAUGGUGUAGCGGUCUUCAGUGAAAGUUAACGAUGGAAUUCGACGUUGGUGAAUUGUGUUGGAUUUUUUCGAAUUGAUGAACGACAAUAAUUGUGGGCUGCGAUUUAAAAACACUUCAACGGUUGAGGAGUGUUUAAGUAAGCAAGAAGUUAGAGGACAGGAACAGAGUACAAUGUGGCUGCUGGAUAUACCUCAAACACACAAUGACUGUGAGAAACUAUGUUUCCGCUACUACGACGGAACGUCAAUGGAAUAUAUAGCCCAGUCAGAUCCGCUUAUAAUCAAACAUCCUGUAGACAAAAUCAAAAAAUUAAUAAAAGUCAAAAAACAAAAAUGCAACGGUAUAGAAAAUGACGCAUUUCAAGACGAAACAGACCUUCUUCAUACACCGGAUAUAAUGAAACCUUCAAAUUCGUUAGAGACUUUAGAUAACGGCGAUCACAUUGUAUCUGGAGCUAAGAAAAAAUCGCCGAAUGGUUUGAAAAUUACCGGUUUAAAUGGCACCAAGAAAAAAAUUAGGUCAAAGAACAGUCCUAGGUCGCCUAAAUCGCCCGGUAAGGAAUAUUAUCAGAUUUGGGACGCAUCUUCAUCUCCAUCACCGGAGUCCGAAGAAAACGCUUGUGGUAUGGAUUUCUCUGCGGAAGCACUGGCACCUCCAUUACCUCCAAGAACUCUACACAAACCGUUAGAGAGGUGUCACGCCUUGGGUACCCCAUUUACCCCCCCUGUUGUACUCCGGCAAAACAAACCAAGAAAAAUCCAAAAAUUAGAAGAUACAUUCGGCUUCGAAUUAAUAGACACCGACGAAGACUUUAAACCAAGUGGUAGGUACUAUACAUUUUUCAACAAUAUUAAAUUUGCUUCUUUAACAGGAUAA